CCUAGUAAAUUCCUCAUCUAUGCCUGUCUGCUGCUGUUCUCUGUGUUGCUGGCCCUUCGUCUGGAUGGCAUCAUUCAGUGGAGUUACUGGGCUGUCUUUGCUCCAAUAUGGCUGUGGAAGUUAAUGGUCAUUGUUGGAGCCUCGGUUGGAACUGGAGUCUGGGCACGAAAUCCCCAAUAUCGAGCAGAAGGGGAAACGUGUGUGGAGUUCAAGGCAAUGCUGAUCGCGGUGGGCAUCCACUUGCUCCUGCUGAUGUUUGAAGUGCUGGUCUGUGACAGGAUCGAGAGAGGCAGCCACUUCUGGCUCCUGGUCUUCAUGCCGCUCUUCUUCGUUUCCCCAGUGUCUGUGGCAGCUUGUGUUUGGGGCUUUCGACAUGACAGGUCACUGGAGUUAGAAAUCCUGUGUUCUGUCAACAUUCUCCAGUUCAUAUUCAUUGCCUUAAGACUGGACAAGAUCAUCCACUGGCCGUGGCUUGUAUGUAACUUUUUAAAUCCUUAA